AUGAAUCACAUUUUAAAAGUUAUACCUGAAAUUGGUUUAAAGACCAAUCAAAUCCUUGGUCUUCAUACAAAUGCUACAUUAUCAGCAUGGGUUAAAGCAAAAACUCCAAAAAAGUUUUUAGAGUAUAAUAAGAAGAUGUUUCCCCCUCAAGCAAUCGGAGAUGAAACUAGACCUGCUUUUGUUUGUCAUCAAAAAGCUAACAUUAAGUAUAGCCCAGAAAAGCUUUGGUAUGUGGCCUGUUUAGUCCGUGGUAUGACAGUUGAUGAAGCUGUUAAACAAUUAAGUUUUGUUAACAAGAAAGGUGCUGUUUUUGUUAAGGAGGCUAUACUUGAAGCGCAGGAACUUGCAGUAUCGCAACAUAAUGUGGAAUACCGAAGCAACUUAUGGGUGGCUGAAUCCUUCGCAGGCAAAGGCAUGGUUGUAAAAGGUGUACGAAGACACGCAAGAGGACGAAUGGGGGAAGUUCGAUAUACCUAUAGUCAUUAUUUUGUUCGCCUUGAAGAGGUCCAUAUGACGGAUAGCGACAUAGCAAGAAUUUUAGAGUUUGAUGGCAAUGAUUCUACCGUUGAAGGCCUUUCUGACGAUGACUUCGAAAGCAGUCAAGAUCUUGAACCACGCCUGGAAGAGCUGGAGGAUGAAGGUUCAAAUGACGACUCGAGCGAUGAUGACGUACCAUUGGCUGCUGUUGCUGCUCGUCAGACUAGUGGUCGACUUUCAAGCAUGAAAAUGAUUUCACUCCAUAUCCACCAGGCAUGUACUGUCAACUUUUAG